CUUUACUCGAUCGACUACGUGCUCUACUGCUCAUGUACUCCGUCAAUUCCAUAUUUGUGUCCUGAUCCAUCGUGUGCUUCCAUACCUGCAAGGAUUAUACCAACAUUAUUCCGAUUCUGUUACCGGAGAUCGUUUUAUGCCCCGAGUAACUCAGCAUUAUAUCCUUACAUUCGCUCUCGCUCUCGCUCUCGGUCGAAGGGGAUGCUAUUUAAUUCCUAGCUGAAGUGCUCAAAUGCGCACCGAUGAACAUCGACCUCAUCCGCCGUAUGCUGCUCUAUUUCCUUCUUCUUCCUACUGUCUUCGCGCACGCUCCAGGUGGUCCUUGGGAUGCAUUCAAUUACGCACCCAAAUCCAGGAUCGUCUACCCACGCGACAUAUACAAAAUCGCAGGCUACGUGUCUGGUGCUGGGAAUCUGGUAGGGAAUACAGGCAGUGCGACGCUAUCUCCAGAUUCAUGGUUCACGCUGGACUUUGGGAUCGAGGUCGGGGGACUUGUUUCGCUCAACUUUGACGCCGUCGACAAUACAUCUUCAGUUUCUCUUUCUUUCACAGAGUCACCAGCCUUUGUCAACCCGCUCACUUCAGACGACUCUUCACCCGAUACGGACUACGAUGGCGUUUUCACAGUUUCUGCACCAUUACCAAAGGGAUAUUGGUCCCAGCCUUCCUAUUCCCUACGUGGAGGUUUUCGAUAUCUGACCAUCGCCUCUCACUCGGAGACACCUCUCGAAAUCUCCAAUGUCUCUUGUGCUAUUUCAUUCAUGCCUCACGUCGACGAUUUGAGAGCUUAUACAGGUUACUUCUAUUCUUCGGAUCCUGUGUUCCACGAUCCGGAUUUCUUGACGAAAGUAUGGUAUGCCGGUGCGUACACGGUUCAGACGAACACCAUUCCCGUCGACACGGGUCGACCGGUUCCAUUAGCUGCGGCUGGGAGUUGGCUCAAUAAUGCGACCAUUGGGGUCGCAGGCCCUAUACUUGUCGAUGGUGCAAAACGUGAUCGCACAGUAUGGCCUGGUGAUAUGGCCGUCUCAGUCCCUACCCAAUUCGUCUCUACGUUCGAUUUGAUCCCGACCAGAAACUCGUUGUCCACUAUGUUCUCUCUUAUGAAUCCUGAAACAGGCAUGUUACCGUAUUGUGGUCCUCUCCUCGGUCUGGAAGGAUCGGACACUUAUCACGGCUGGACUCUCAUCGGAGCGCACAGCUACUAUCUUUAUUCCGGGGACGAUGAUUGGCUUAGUAUCGUCUGGACUAAUUACACUCGGGCUGUUGCUUACUUGGAAGGCAAAGUAGACAGCACCGGGUUAAUGAACGUCACCGGUAUGGACAGUUGGGCUCGUGUAGGUGGCGGUGGAUACAACGCAGCGGGAAAUGCGAUCCUUUACAAGGUUCUUUUGACUGCAUCAGAUUUAGCUAAUUACAUUGGCGACAAAUUCCUCUCCGCAGCUUGGGGAGCAAAUGCUACCGCGCUCAAAGUAAAGUACAACGAGGCAUUUUGGGUGGAAAGUGCUGGAAUGUAUCGAGACAAUUUGACGACCAUGCUUUACCCCCAGGAUGCUAACUCGCUCGAUGUUCUUUAUAAUCUGACUCUUUCGGAUGAUCAGAAGGCCGCUGUAAGCGAAGGACUAGGAAAUAAUUGGAACGAUUUAGGACCAGUAUGUCCGGAGCUCCCCGAUACAAUCUCACCGUUUAUCAGCGGCUUUGAGCUGCAAGCUCAUUUUGAAGCCGGCCAGGAUGACCGAGCGCUGGACCUUCUACACCGGGAAUGGGGAUACAUGUUGUAUACCAACCUGUCUGUACAAAGCACCUUACUCGAAGGUUUUACGUCCAACGGUUCUCUUUGGUAUCGAUCUUACAUCGGUUACAAUUAUGACGCUGCAUAUACCUCGCAUGCGCAUGGAUGGUCCGCCGGGCCUACCUCUGCUCUUACUUUUUAUGUCCUUGGAUUGACCAUCACGUCACCCCGGGGUGCUACUUGGUCUGUUAAUCCACACAUAAACGGCGGACUUCCUGGCGCUGAGGGGGGCUUUGAAACCUCGCUUGGAUGGUUUGGUGUAAGAUGGACGUUACGCGACAACCAGUUCUUCAUGGAGAUUGAUACCCCGGGGGGAACCAGUGGUCGAGUGAAACUGCCGAGGGAAGGCUCUGUCACGGUUGAUGAAGUUGCUGUUGAUGUCGGUACGGACGGGGAGAUUGCCUUGAACGGAGGGAAACAUAGCAUAGCUAUUUUUUGUUAGUUAUUUCUGUGUCCAAUCCAAAGGCCUACUUGUCGAAAGUGGUGCAAUUGAAUAUAUGCUUCAUGGGA